GUGAGAUUGCCCUUCCGCAACUCAUUUCCUCAUCGGUCUCAAACAUGCCUUUUGAAAAGCCCGUCAUCGUCGACUGCCGCGCGCACAUGCUCGGUCGCCUUGCGUCGCUCGUCGCCAAGGAGCUCCUCCUCGGCCAGCACGUCGUCGCUGUCCGCUGCGAGGAACUCAACAUCUCGGGCUCGCACGUGCGCAACAAGGUCAAGUUCCUCCAGUUCUUGAACAAGCGUACGGCCACGAACCCCAAGAAGGGUCCCAUCCAUUACCGCGCUCCCUCGCGCAUGUUCUGGCGCGCUGUCCGUGGCAUGUUGCCGCACAAGACCGCCCACGGCGCGUCGGCCCUCCAGCGCCUCAAGGUCUUUGAUGGCGUGCCGUCGCCGUACGACAAGGUCAAGCGCAUGGUCGUCCCGGAUGCCCUCCGCGCCCUUCGCCUGAAGGCCAACCGCCGCUUCACCGUCCUCGGCAAGCUGUCGUCUGAGGUCGGCUGGCGCCACGGCGACCUCGUCGCCCGCCUCGAAGCCAAGCGCAAGAUCCGCUCGGAGGCUUACUACAAGAAGAAGCUCGAGCAGAACAAGGCCCUCUCGGCUGCCACGGCCUCGGUCGCUGCCGCCCACAAGGAGCUCAAGCCUACCCUCGAGAAGUUUGGCCUCUCGCUUUAAGCGACUCGUGGGAAUGUUUGACGCCAUCUUGCUGCUCUGUUAACACAGUAGUAACACGAGGAAUGUUUACCGA